AUGCACGGCUGCUCUGAGCAUGCACGGCUGCUGGCGCAUGUGCGGCCAAGGCAGAGGCUGCGGAGGCCGGCGGGGCGCUGCUGCUCACCGGCCGUUCGUACCGCCGGGCCGGGGACGGAGCGUUCCGGCCGCCCGGGCGCGAUGGAGCAGCUGGGGAAGCGGCCUGGGCCGGCGGCUCGGCUGGACAUCAUCCUCCGGCACCUCUCCCCGCGGCUGGCCGCAGCCCCGGCUCCUGCAAGCUUUCCUACUUCAGCCCAAGUUAGCGCUAUUCCUCAGCCAGGGAGGUUUUGCUACACCCUGGACAACGAUGUCCUCACCACAGAGCAAAGGCAGUUCUACGAAGACAACGGCUAUCUGCUCAUUAAGAAGCUUGUUUCUGAUGAAGACAUUGAGCGCUUCAGGAAGGAGUUUGUGAGGAUCUGUAAAAAAGAAGUGCAUCUACCAGGAGCUAUGAUUAUGAAAGAUGAGUCCCUGAGAUCCCAGUAUGGUCAGUCUGAAAAAGUAGUUAAUAAAGUGCAGGACUUCCAGGAAGAUGAAGAGUUGUUCAGAUACUGUACUCUGCCAGAGAUCCUCAGAUAUGUUGAGUGCUUCACAGGGCCAAACAUCAUGGCAAUGCACACCAUGCUGAUAAAUAAACUUCCAGAUUCUGAUAAACAGACUUUUCUUCACCCCAUGCAUCAGGACUUGCACUAUUUCCCCUUCCGGCCUGCAGCCCGCAUCGUGUGCUCCUGGACCGCCAUGGAGAGGGCCGACCAGGACAAUGGGUGCCUGGUCGUGCAGCCAGGGACGCACAAGGAGCCCCUGAAGCCUCAUGGCUAUCCCAAGUGGGAGGGUAAAACCAACAAACUUUUCCAUGGACUGCUUGAUGAAGAUAAGCAGAGUCCCAGGGUUCACCUUGUCAUGGAGAAGGGAGACACAGUGUUCUUCCAUCCCCUGCUCAUUCAUGGCUCUGGGAUAAACAAGACAUCAGGUUUCCGAAAGAGCAUAAGCUGUCACUUUGCCAGCUCAGAGUGCUACUACAUUGACGUCAAGAACACAACUCAAGAGCACCUGGAGAAAGAAAUGGCAGAAAUGGUUCACAAGAAAUACAACAUGGCUUCCAUGGAACUCAGGGAUAUGUGGAACUUCCGAGCACGGCUUGUGCAAGGGGAAAGAAUCAACCUGUAGAACAACCUCUGAAGAGCAGGAUGGAAAUCACAUGCCCGAGAACAAGCUUACCUGGUCAGAGAGUGCAGACCCUGCCUUGGCAGGCAGUGUUAUGUGUGCUUUGAUGAUGUCUGUAUUGGUAACUUAGCCAAAUGCUGCAUCAUAAAAUCAUUUUAUGCUAAUAGAAAAUAAUUGCACUAAAGUUGAACAGCUGAUGUACGUCAAAGAAAACCUAACCUAGAAAAAGAGAGAUUUGCUGUGGUUAUCUUAGACAAUUGAAGAAUUAAGGUCUUGAAAGACACCUUGAUUUUCUCAAUGUUUUCAUUCUUGUUUUUUAAAAGUUUCUCACAUGACGUACCUUUGAAAUGAUACUAUACUAACAUAAGAUGUUAUGCAAAUGCUUCCAAUGUUUCCAACUUCCUUUUCUAUGCAAAAUAAUCAGUUUCACACAAGCCCUCAGUAUGAGCUCACCUGGGAAGUUAUUAGUACAGCUGAUGAUGAUGGAGAUAUUGGUACCAGAAGAAUCAACGGUGUAAGUAAAGAACAGGAUAAAGGGGAAGCAGCAACCACGCACAUAGAAAAAUGGGAUUAAUGGGCUGGAACGUGACCUCUAGCAGCGUUCCUCAAACAUGACCUGGUGUGGCAUCGUAUCUUACCGAUCAGCACUGGCACAAGUGAAAUACGUGGCUGACAGGGUUGGGAGCUACUGGGCCAGCAAACCAUCAUCCCAUUGGACUUGUACAACCCAUCCAAGGCUGUAUGAAACGAGACAGUCCUCCUUUGAGUCUGGCAGGUCUGGGAAAAUGUGCCUUUUGGUGCUGCCAGGUCAGGGAGACAGUUGGAUGCUCCUCAGGAUGCACUGGUGGCAGGGUGAAGUGACAUGCACUGGAAUAAUCCUCUUGCCUUUCACAAUGUUUUUCCUUGCUUUCUGAAAGGUUAUUUUGCUGUCUAUUUUUCAAAAUGCACAUUAAAUCAGAGCAAAACUG